AAGAGAAACUCAUUGAGCUAAAGUUACCUACUGUCUUCCUUCAUCCUUCCUACUUACUCUCUAUCUCUGACCAUUCCCAUUCACACUCUAUAAGAACUGUAUUAUAUUUAUACUUGCAACAAACCUCUGGUCGUGGUUGCAUAAGUCUGCAAGUUCCGAUGGCCUCUCGCUUGGGGAUGAACGGGGCAGAUCGCCGGAUGGAAACUAGAGAUCCAAAUGAAUCUGGCUCAUCUCCUGAGAAGAGACCAAGUCAUACAUCUGCAUCUGUCAAUUAUAAUGAUAUUGGGCCAAAGCCAUAUUCAUACAGUGAAUUAGCAAGGGUAACUGGUCAUUUCUCGCUUAAUAACCUAAUUGGUCGAGGUGGUUUUGGUCAUGUUUUUAAGGCAGUCUUAGAUGGUGAGAUUCGUGCUAUCAAGAAACUUGAUUUUCUGGAUGUACAAUCUGAAGGAAGUUUGGAGAGGGAGAUUAUGGUCAUCAAAAGCAUCAGCCACAGAAACCUCGUUGAACUGGUUGGUUACUGUAUUGAUGGAGCCAAUAGAUUGCUCAUCUUAAAGUAUUUUCCAAAUGGAUCCUUGAGAUUUAAAUUACAUGGAAGUGAUAAUGUUUUGGACUGGGAGACAAGAAUGAAGAUCGCCAUAGGUUCUGCAAGAGGGUUAGAAUAUUUACAUGAAAAUUGUAAACCUAAGAUUAUACAUUUAGAUAUUAAACCAGAUAAUAUUCUUCUCGACGAAAAUUUUGAACCUAAGAUAACAGAUUUUGGACUUGCUCAAUUUUUUACGGACGGUGCUACUCACAUAUCCAAAUCGUCAGUUAUGGGAACCCAUGUUUAUGAAGAUCCAUUUACAACAAAAAUGGGAAAAUACUCAGACAAAUCUGAUAUUUAUUCUUUUGGUGUUACACUUUUAGAGUUGAUCACCGGAAGAAAACCCAUAUAUAAUGGAAUUGACAUUAUUACUUGGGCAAAUCCUUUAAUUGAGAACGCCAUAGAUGGAAGAUAUGUGAAUUUGGUAGAUUCCAAAUUACAAUCCUUCGACCAGGAAGAGAUGCAUAGAAUGAUUUCUUGUAUUAAUUCUUGUCUAAAUCAAUUACCAAACUCUCGUCCAACAAUGGAAAAGAUACGAUUAGUUCUUGAAGGAAAAUUACCUCCAGAGAAAUUAUACAAACACAAAUUGCAAUGGAGUAUUACACAUGAAGAUGAGCCUAAGCCAAGUCCCAAGCCUCCAAUCAUUCAAGGAACUAAUAAUAAUAGUACACGAAAUAUUCGACUUGCCAGGCGACGUCGACCAACAGAAGCAACUAGCAAUGGUUCCUCCAACAUCAUUCAAGAAACUUCAUUUGAUGAUGAGAUGAUAUAUGAAAAGCCCGUUUUGGACAGAGGAGAAAACUGUUGCAUUUCAUAAAACCUUAAACCUUUCUCUUUCUUAUUUUUUAUAGACCAGGUCCUCCUUAUCAUUUUAAGCCUCUCUUUUUUUUUUUUUUUAAAA